GCGAGAGCCCGGGAGUUACCAUUCGAAUCCGACGUUCGAAACAGAAUUUUCGCGGUGGAAUCGAAUCUCAGCCUUAGAAUCUCGAUCUCAGCGCUAGAAAUAGGAUUUUAGCGGUGCAAUUAACGUGGAAAGUAGGAUCUUAGCGUUAGAAUUCGAUUCCUAGCCUACCACAGAAUCUUAGAGUUAGAAACAGAGCAGCGUUGCAAACAGAAUGUUUAGAGGAGUGACAGAGAAGAACGUUGCGUUGGGACCCUUGGGGAGAAUUUUAGCCUGCGGCGCGGCAAUUGGCAUCCUGGCCGUCGGGCCUGCGCUACAGUCUUGGUUUACAUUCCUGGCGCGUCACCCCCAGCGCGCUGAGAAGUGGCGGUGGUGACGGGGCUCCCAAGGUCUCCGGGCUCGCGCGGGCACAACGCAGCGCCGGCAGGCCCUCCAAGCACCGCUGUGAGGACGCCCAGAGCCCAGGGCAGAGCCUCCUGCCCUAAGGUGGAAGACGCCGAAAUGCCCGGCCCUUGGUUUCUGCUUGCCAUGGCUUUGACCCUGACCCUGACCGGUGUCCCGAGUGGCCACGCACAGCCAGAGAUGGCCCAACAGGAGGCAGCUAUGGCUGCCGAGCACCUGGAUCUGGACAACCUCCUGCGCCAGGCAGAGCGAUUCCUCUUCCUCCAGGAAGACCUCCAGCGGCUUCGAGAGGACCAGGACCAAGGCGAUAGCGACUCAGAGUCCCAGAUCUUUCAACCUGACUGGUUCUCGAAGCGUCAGCAUCCAGGCAAAAGGGAGGAGGAGGCAGAAGACGGAGUUGAAGAGGAGGAGGAAGAAGGAGGGGCUGCCGGCCCCCACAAGCGGCAGCACCCCGGCCGGCGGGAGGACGCGGCCGCCUGGUUGGUGGAUGUAACAGAGCAGAAGCGCCAGCACCCGGGCCGGCGCUCCUCCUGGCUCGGGUACACUUUCACCAAGAGGCAGCACCCAGGCAGACGGCUGGUGGAUCCCAAGGCCCAGAGGAGCUGGGAGGAGGAAGAGGAGGAAGAGGAAGAGGCGGGGGAGCUGAUGCCUGAGAAGCGCCAGCAUCCCGGGAAGAGGGCCCCAGGAGGCCCAUGCGGGCCCCAGGGAUCCUGUGGUCAAACCAGCCUUCUGCUGGGCCUCCUGGAUGACCUGAGCAGGGGCCAGGCCGAGGAGAAGCGGCAGCACCCUGGGCGGCGAGCGGCCUGGGCCCGGGAGCCCCUGGAGGAGUGAGCCUGUUUCCCGCAAAGUCCACUUGGGGUCUAAGAAUGUCUUGAGCCCUGUAUGCCCUACCCCUCUGUGACCCCUCUUUCCUUCCUCCUGAGAUGCCUGACCAUACACCCAAGCUCCCUGUAUACACACACAUCAAGCCCCUGGCCUCGCCCGCCUAGUUCAGGGACAUGAGAAAGCCAGCCUAUGAGUUAAAACCCCAUAUUACCCCACUUUGUGCCCCUGACAAGGGAGCAGAUCCCAGAGUCCCUCUCCCCUAACCCCGUAGGCCUGCUCACCUCCUUAGCCCUGGCUAAGAUGACCCUGCUGUGUUUUCUAAGGGAUCCCCAGAGUGGGACAGGGUGCCUCUGGAGUGAGCAGCCAGCGAGCGUGGGGUGGGCUUGAAGCUGUCACGUCCAAACCCAGCUCCCACCCUUGCCAGGACUGGCCACGUGUAAACUUCACCCCCAGGACCCAGGAGCUCCUCCUCUUCCUGGGCAUCCUUUUGUGGGGGGGAAGAGCCCUGACCCAUGGCUGUGUUCUGCUUGGGGGAAACACUGUUGGUGGUGCUGUGCUGUGUGGUGGCUGAGGGAAUACGCAUGUGGAGGAGAAUGUAGACGUCGCCCUGGAAGCUUGUAUAUAACCCUCUAGGCACCUCUCCCUUAUCAGUGAUAGUCAUCCUGCUGAUAAUAAAACGUGCAUCUAGAUAA